GCACUGUCUAUAAAGUGACCAUGCUUUUCCCACGCAGUCUCUUUCCCCGGCCACAAAACAACCGUGAGUGUCUAACUCACCGUUCUUUAACAACUUUAAAAAACCAAAAAAAUAUAAAAAAUAUAAAACAUAUAAAAUCUUAAAAAUAAAUAGGCCUACCGUAAUAUACGAAAUAAAACUAAAUCGCUAAAUUGUGUUAACAGGAGGCCCCGGGCUAAAUCCGACGUUUAGGACAAUUAUAUUUAUCAGGAGAAUACGCCGAAAUUCCAUUCUGUUUUUAGCUGUCACUUUUCCUUGGGAGCCAGUCUUGAAAUUUAGAUCGGAACACAAGUCACAUUCUGAGCGUUUUUUUACUCACAAAUUACGCACAGAUUCUGCCCCGGAGAACAAUUUCUUAAAAAACAAUUCCCGUGGUUAUAGCGUGAAAGAAGAAUUCAUACAUUUUGUGCAGUCCAAGAAAUGAACACAGCGACUACAGGGAGUUAUCCAAUGGCUUCUCUCUAUGUUGGCGAUCUGCACCCUGAUAUCACGGAGGCUAUGCUGUAUGAGAAAUUCAGCCCAGCAGGACCGGUGUUGUCUAUUCGAGUAUGUCGUGAUAUGAUCACCCGACGCUCUCUGGGUUAUGCCUAUGUGAAUUUCUCGCAACCCACGGACGGUAAGCAAUAAAGCAUGCCUCCACAAUAACGGCGUCUGUUUGCAUUAGGCUACAGUAAAGAGUUGAUUGGAUGUUGGCUUUAUUUGAGCAUGUCAACUGUUCAGUGCAUUUGUCUUAAAGAGGAUCCAAUGUAAAGCACAUCUUUGAUUUUAUUGAUGUGAUUUCCUGUUUUAACGUAUCUACAGCAUUCACACCUGUUACCUGUAUAGAACUCCGUGGUUACCUCCAGACUCUACUACAUAGUACAAACAUACCAAUACACAGGCAAUCUAAGAAGAGGUGUAGGCUAACUCUGCAAGUAACAGAAUGAAUGAAAAACUAUAGUGUAAGAGAAUGUUUUCCUUUCAACCCUCACUUUGGGCUAAAGUAAACUUGCACUGAACCAUGCUUGGCACAGUGAAUCAGACUACUAAUACAUACAGUAUGGACUCUCAAAAUGAUUUUUGUCCUUCAUGGACUAACUGGUGAGUGGAGAAGUACAACGUUUGGAAUAUCUCUUGACCCAUAUAGCGACAGUGGCCCACUUCCAUGUGUCAUUGUUUGAGAAUUGACCAGGAUAUGCUCCAGGACUCCUGCUUUGCCAUGUACAAGACUCCUGCUUUGGAUAUGUUGUAGCCAGGCUACUGUCUGUGUUCUGCCUCUACCUUUGAAUGGGUGGCUGCAGUUCUGCUCCAGGGUACUGCUCCACACUGCCUAACCCAAAGUGACCCAUUUCUGCUCCUAUUUAAAGGGCCAUCAGGGAACCGUUCUGUAGUGAAAUUAAUUCCCAAUACCUUCCGUGCUGCCUUACACACAGAGGAAGAAAAGGCACAGCUGAACAAUAAGGCUGCAUUUCCCAUGAUUAGAGGUUGCAAUCACCAACCAAUGAUUGUGUACCACGUUAUGGACUGUGCAGUCGGGCACCAGAGUGCUGAAACGUGGUUUUCUGAUACCUGAAAUACGUAUCCAGGCGUCAGAAACGUCUAAGCAGGGGAACACGACCUAACACUUGCAUUUCCCUGCUUUCUGGGGAUAAUGUGAUGUCAUGCAUGUGUGUCCUCUGAUCUGAAGAUAAUAAGUCUGAAUAGAUUGCUUCUGCAAAUACAUUUCUGCUGAAACUUUUCUUGUGGAUUCAGCAUAUUUUUUAUGGUUGGAUUUCUUGAGUAAUUGUUGAAGGGCAGUGUCAUACACAACAUCUCCACGUUCUCUCCUCUACAUGUGGAUCUGUAAUGUUUUGCUCAGGUUGUAGUGGCUUACAAUGUCCAUGCUUGCAGGGAAUUUCCAACAUUUGUAUCUAAGCCCCUGCUCCUAUUGUAAGAAAUCUGAACUAUAACAUGUAAUUGCACACUUUGAUUUACCACUCGAUUCAACAAUCACUAUUUUAAUUGUCCUAAGUAGAGUUAUGUGCAGUAGAAUAAUGUAAUUGUUAGGGGGUGUGACCUGACAUGAUUGAGCUUGAGCUGUUGGUUAAACAGUGUGGGCUUAUUCGGUUUUCAUUACACACCUGCCACCACGUAUCUGACUCAGUCUGAGCCAGUGUAGCUAGAGAACUCCAUGGUCACAAUAUAACCUGGAAGUUGUAUUUUUAUCACAUAACACAAUCAAUAUAACAUGUCAGGAUGUAAAAGUGUAGUACAACUACCACAUAUUUAGGCCUGCAACUGCAACCACAUAUUUGAGGAGAGUAGUAUUCCUUCAUGUGACUAAAGUAGCGUUGGCUGACCAUCUCCACUUGGGUGUCAGCAUGUCACAGCUGCAUUUGUAAAUAGUUGCAAGACUUGGGGUUGCUCAUCUGAACAUUCUUGUUGAAUGUGUCUUCCUCCAUCAAUGGGAGAGAAUGAUCAAUAAUAUAAUAAUAAGCCAUUUAGCAGACGCUUUUAUCCAAAGUGACUUACAGUCAUGUGUGCAUACAUUUUUACGUAUGGGUGAUCCUGGGGAUCGAACCCACUACCCUGGCGUUACAAGCGCCAUGCUCUACCAAUUGAGCACAUACCUCUCAGGACCCCUCUCUAAAUAUAGUCCCUCUCUCAGGCAGUUCAAAUGUUGCCUGCCUAUAAUAUCUCAAAUGUUUUAAAGUCUUCAUAUAAGGGUAAUGUUUGACAGAAUCAAUUUGGAUGGCUACCAGCCUCGCCUAGAAUAAACUAUCCAGUUUUUAGUUGUAUGACAAAAUAUAUUUACAGUAUAAUAUCAUCACACUGACCUGUGAAGUUCACUUGUUUUUUGUGUUACAUUCACUUUACCUCUUAUUUCAUUUCAUCAUAUGUUUAUCUCUGCUAUUCAUCCAUUGAGCAAUCUCAGCUCCACAUGGUGCUCAUGUUCUUUCAUCAAGCAUGGCCAUGGGAACGUUCCAGAACUAGACAGACAGGGUGACCGUCACACACCUUCUCUGAGCUGGUUUGUGUGAAGUACAAUUGCACAGCAAACUGCUGAUGCCAGCAGACGCAAGGGAGCUCCGUUUUGUUUACCAGACAUUUUUAGCUCUAAAGCCCGGGUGUGUGUUGCUGUGGAGUGACGGGAACAAAGGGGAGCUCUCUGGUUGGCAUGUGUACCCAGAUGGACAUGAGAGAGGGGGCAGGAAAAUGAGAACUGGCACAGCAGAAAUCACAAUAGGCAGAUCUGGAAACAUAAAUCAAAGUUACAGCACACUGGCAUAUGUAGUACGGACCAUGAUAAAUAAUAAUGGCUGGUAUUUAUUAGAGAACCUAUAAGAUAAUGUAAAGUUUUCAAGAGCCAUUUGCCUCAUUGAAUUAUAUCUGUACAUGCACUAUAUGUGUGCCAUUGUAUCUAUUCAUUAUGAGAGGUUGAAUAAACGUAUGACUUGUGGCUUGUAAGGCACUUCUGGUCCCAUUUGUCUGUGUGAGCGCCAUGUGCUCCUGCCUAGCCAACUGGAGCUACCCCCCCCCCCCCCCCCCCACUAACAGCUGCUCAGUGUGGUGGCAGGCAGCGGUCAGACUCCAUAGCCACAUGGUGUAGCAGUUAGGACAGUCCAAUAGUAGCAUGGUUUCUUAGUUAAGUGUGCCAUAAACUAGGGCCAAUAGUUUUUCCUGAUCACAUGACCAGGAAUAAGUCCUGGUCCUAUCCAACACAACACAAUGUCGUAGUGUGAAUUAUUGGGAGGCGUACAUAUGGUGCGGUGUGCAUGAUUUGAAGUGAGCACUAUAUAGCAUAAACAACAUGGUGUUUGGUUGUGUGCAGUACACAUUGACUGAUAUGUUUUUAGGCUCCAUGUUGUAAGUUAACACCCUGACUCUAACCUCUCCCCCCUGCCCUCUAGCCGAGAGAGCCCUGGACACCAUGAACUUUGAUGUGGUGAAAGGGAAGCCAAUCAGAAUCAUGUGGUCACAGAGAGACCCCUCCCUCAGGAAGUCUGGGGUGGGCAACGUGUUCAUCAAGAACUUGGACAAGACCAUCGACAACAAGGCCCUCUAUGACACCUUCUCUGCCUUUGGGAACAUUCUGUCUUGCAAAGUAAGAUGGCAGUGUUUCUGACCAUAGACAUCUGUAUGGCCAUAGACGUGUGUAUAUAUACACUACCUUUUCUUUCGAAAACAAGGACAUUUCUAAGUGACCCUACACUUUUGAACGGUAGUGUAUAUACUGUGUAACUUUUUAAAAAACGCAUCAACUUGUCUCUCAAACAGGUUGUGUGUGAUGAGAAUGGAUCCAAAGGAUAUGCGUUUGUGCACUUUGAGACGCAGGACGCAGCCGACCGCGCCAUUGAAAAGAUGAACGGCAUGCUUCUGAACGACCGCAAGGUGUGAGUGUCUGAUCAACUAGGAGAGGGUGGGGAGGUGUGGGGAAGGGGCUGAACUGCAGUUAUCAUUGUGUAGAAAGUUGACAGUUUAGAGCAAUCAAGGGCAGCUAGGAUAUUGAUGAGGAUUGUACAUGGUUGGAGUCUGAAGUAGUAGCUCAUCUGUUGGCCUAUACUGUAACACGGCAAAAGGUGAGGUGUGCAGAGGAACAGCAACCUGUAGAUCAGGGAUGGGCAACUGGCGUCCCGCAGGCCCAUCUUUUUUUGUGGCCCCCUUCCCCAUCAAAGUUGCCCAUCCCUGCUGUAGAUGCAUAUAACGAGCCUCUUCCCCACACUCAGUCCCCAUACACCCUGUCUUUCUGUGUGGUUUGCUUGAAUUACACAACUAACAGUGAAUGUUUCUGCAGUGCUUACUGGGAUAUGUGCCUUUUUAAACCUACACAACAACACAUUUCCACUCUGUGGUUACCUCACUCCAUGUGUCAGCUGAGCAUCCGUCUGUCUGUACGUUUGUCCACCCGUCCACCUGCCUGUCGUGUGUGUGUGUGUAACCACGCUUGUGUGUUUUAGUGAUGGAGCGAAUGCAGGAAUGCAAUACUGGAGCCAGAUUGGGAGAGGUCUGCAUAGCAAGGUACAGUCUGAGUAGAGGAAGAUGAUCUAUCAACCUCCGUUUGGUCCUCAACUUUCCUCUUUAUGGACCUCUGUCCCUCCAUCCCUCAAGUCUUGGACCAGGAAACGUCAUUGUGUGUGUGGUGUGUUCUGGGUGUAUAGCAUGAAUGCUCAGUUUGCCUGAUUGUGGUGCCAUAAACAGUGCAAAAAUAAGUUUGUUCGUUGUUCCUGAGAGGUCCUUGACUGACUCACUGUGCUGCUGUCUUAUACAAAGUGCUUCUUUCCAUUUAAUAGUCUGGGAAUCCUCAAUGUCAGUGCUGUGAAAACCUGCUUGAAGCCUGAACAUGAAUCUCAGAUGAAAAACAUAAGAGAUGGAUCACAGUCCCUUUCUCCCUCCUGCUCAGGACUGUUUUACAAGAGUUGUGUCGUUGCUCUCUGGCGGUGUUUAGGUUCGUUGGACGUUUCAAGUCUCGGAAGGAGAGGGAGGCAGAACUUGGGGCCAAAGCAAAGGAGUUCACCAAUGUCUACAUCAAGAACUUUGGAGAUGACAUGAACGAUGACAAGCUAAAGGAAAUGUUUGACCAAUACGGUAAGCUGUGACUGAAACAUACAGUAUGAGUUUGCUCAUUAGUGGAGCCAUUUUUGUUUUUCACAUAUUUGUCUUGCAAUCCAUCCAAGGAAACUAGACAUGCAAUUGCAUUUGUCAAAACUCGUAUAGCUGAGUCCCAUUUCUUCUCUUUUCUUCCCUGCAGGUAGAAUUCUCAGCGUGAAGGUUAUGACCGACCCCAGUGGCAAAUCCCGAGGCUUUGGCUUUGUCAGUUACGAGAAACACGAAGACGCUAACAAGGUACUAUUAUACCCUCAUAACAACAGUCAGCAGGCUUUCAUGGUUGGUGGAAAAAGACUGAGACAAUCACACUAAUAAUCACAUUCUGUUAACGUAUGGGUUUACAGCAUAUAGACUGGCUGUAACAAAUACAUCUCUAUUCAGGCAUGUGAGGAGAUGAACGGCCAAGAGUUCAAUGGAAAAACAGUAUUUGUGGGACGCGCUCAGAAGAAGAUGGAACGGCAGGGGGAGCUGAAGAGGAAGUUUGAGAUGCUGAAACAGGAGAGGAUCAGCCGUUACCAGGUCAACCAGCAUGUCCUCCUCUGGCACCACUAUGUCCAAUAGAACACUGAUUACAACCAAAUGCCAUCAAUCAACCUGACAUCUUGUUUCAUAGUACCCAUCCAUUAAGGAAACAAGCCAGGCUGAGUAUGUGUGUGUGGGUCAUGGCAGUGUUUUUCUGGUUUCAGGGCGUUAACCUGUACAUUAAGAACUUGGACGACACCAUUGACGACGAGAAACUGCGCAAGGAAUUCACCCAAUUCGGGUCCAUCACCAGUGCCAAAGUGAGAUUGCAGCAGAAGCCAAAACAGUGCACCACCAUUACCCUUUUCAGUUGUGUAUUUGGAGUGUGUUAUCCAGAUAUAACACGGCUGACUUCUCUCGCUGUAGGUCAUGCUGGAGGAGGGACGGUCCAAGGGCUUUGGCUUUGUCUGCUUCUCUUCUCCUGAGGAAGCCACCAAGGCUGUGACUGAGAUGAACGGGCGCAUCGUGGGCUCCAAGCCCCUCUACGUGGCCUUGGCUCAGCGCAAAGAAGAGCGCAAGGCCCACCUCACUAACCAGUACAUGCAGCGCAUCACUGGCAUGAGGGCCAUGCCUGCCAACGCCAUCAUCAACCAGUUCCAGCCCGCCAGCGGAUACUUCAUGCCUGCAGUGCCACAAGUUAGUGAGGGAGGGAGAGAGGGUUAAAAUGGGUUUGAGAGAAAGUUAUGUGGGCUUUACUGGAAAUACCCUUCACAACAGCCAUGUCAGGGUUCUGACAGUGGAUAUAAUAAAUACUGCUGUGCAAAUGCCAGUAAGAUGUUUGGCACUGUAACAAGUGAGUCAGUUGUUGUUUAUGUAGAGUUGGAUGUAGAACUUUAAUGUUGUGCAACAUUAUUGCACACAUGGUUACACGUCUGUCAUUAACUGUGUGUGUCUCUCCCAGGGCCAAAACAGGACCACCUACUAUGCACCCAAUCAGUUGACCCAGAUGAGGCCCAACCCCCGCUGGCAGCAGCAGGGUGGCAGAGGCCAAGGUGAGGGUUAGAGAUGACAUCAUACAUAAUGACUCAAUUUAUCAUGGGCUAUAUAUCCAGGCUAUGUUUAUUCAAGUACUAUAUGUCCUAGUGACAUAUUAUGGUGACUUGAACUGCUGUCCAAUAAUAACCCUGCCCCCCCCCCCUCUAGGUGGGUUCCAGGGGUUGCCCAACUCUCUGCGCCAGCCUGGUCCACGUGCCAACCUGAGACACCUGGCUCCCAACACCAGUGCCCAGGGCCCACGAGGCAUGGGGCCUGCUGGAGCUCAGAGAGUUGGUAAGACUGGAUGCCCUCAGUAUAUCUGAUAGUAACUGAUUAUCAUUUACAUUAUGGAAAUUUUACAUUUACAUUUUAGUCAUUUAGAAGACGCUCUUUUCCAGAGCGACUUAGUUAGUGAGUGCAUACAUUUUUCAUACUGGCCCCCCGUGGGAAACGAACCCACAACCCUGGCGUUGCAAGCGCCAUGCUCUACCAACUGAGCUACAGGGGAUUACCUCAUCAAACUUAAUAUACUUGGCCCAUCAUAUGUCCUUAUGUGUCAUCCCUACCAUUAGGAGGUGUUGGCCAGGCCAUGGGUCCUCGUCCCUCCAUGGGAGUCCCUGCCCCUCGUGCCAUGCCACCCUACAAGUACGCCACCAGCAUACGCAACACUAACCCCCAGGGUGUGCAGCCCAUUGCCUUACAGCAGGUAAAUCUCACCAACCUCCAUCUUUGGCAUAGUUAAAACUGCCUCCUCCCUCAUCUCUUCUCCUCCCUCAAAUCUCUAUUUUCCCUUCCACUAUUUUUCUGUUCCAUCACUCUGUCGUUUUAACCCCUUUGUUGCCUGUCUUUCUCCUCUCAGGCUCAGCCAGCUGUACAUGUGCAGGGUCAGGAGCCUCUCACAUCCUCCAUGCUAGCUUCUGCACCUCCUCAGGAGCAGAAGCAGAUGCUGGGUGAGUGCUGGAACAGAUUGGUGGUGUGUCAUAUUGGUCCUUGGAAGUUCACUGCCAAAUUCUAGAAUCUAGAGUUUUGAACAUCAUUGCAAUAAGGUGCAAUUAUACAGUAACAUUUGAAACCAUAAGAACCAUUCUUAACCCUCCCUGUCUCUCGUUCUCUCUCUCUCAGGGGAGCGCCUGUUCCCCCUGAUCCAGGCCAUGCACCCCAGCUUGGCAGGGAAGAUCACUGGGAUGUUGCUUGAGAUCGACAACUCUGAGCUGCUGCACAUGCUGGAGUCCCACGAAUCCCUGCGCUCCAAGGUACCAGCAACAGGAUAAUAUUAGGAUAAGAUCAUAAAAAGUGAUCUAGGGUCAUAUAGUUUUGUCUAAGGCUCUGAUUUAUUUUUCCUAUUUCUGUGUGUUUGUGCAGGUGGAGGAGGCUGUUGCCGUGCUCCAGGCCCACCAGGCAAAGAAGGAUGCCACACAGAAAGUUGGAGUCAUCACUUCAACCGCUGCUGACGCUACUUCCUGAUGUGUAAGAGCGCUUACUAACUGUUUGUUAAAUUAGUAUUGUUAAUAGAUGAGAAAAUGUGAGCCAUGAUAUCGCCGAAGCAUGAGAUUUUGCCCCAGCACUGAUAAUGGUGUCUACUCAAACCUUUUGGCAACAUACAUUAAUGGUGUAUAGAUUUGCUAAUGGAACUUAAUCUAUUGCUUUUGACUGGUUCAAUUGUAGUGGGUUCAUAUUUCUUAUCCAAUGCUUUUUGUGUUUCCCCCCUCCCCCAGGACACAAACAACUGAGAAAAAGAUGGGGAGAGAUCACUACAUUGGCUUCAAAUGCCUGGGUCAUCUCUAUAAAAUCCUAUGCAAAAAGAAAUAAAAACAAGGUUAAAAAAAGAUUUACAAAAAAAGAUAUACUCUUGAACGUUUAAAAGAAGAUUACAGUACUUCAUUUGUGUAGUUCUGUAAUAAUUUUAAACUUUACCAAAAGCAAAACUUCCAACUAAAUAAGGCCCUUUAUUUUGUGGCCAGGACAGACCCCUUUUCUCUGAGGAAAAUUAGCUUUGCUCUUAGUCUUUGUUUUAAUGUUUUGUUUUAUGAUUUGAACAAUUGGAUUCCUCCAUCCCAUCAUGUUAUCAUGGGUGGUGUGGUAUAUGGUAUUCUCAAUAAAGGGAUGAAUAUAUCAAAUUUA